AUGGCCCAUGAAAAGCACAAGGACACAAUGCAGUUGCCGCCUCAGGGCCUUGCUCCUGUGACUUCCACCAUCAUCGAGGUGCAGCCUGAGGUCUCGGUGCCCGACCACAUUAUCUGGUCCAUGUUCAACUCCCUCUUCAUGAACUUCUGCUGCUUGGGCUUCAUGGCUUUCGCCUACUCCGUGAAGUCUAGGGACAGGAAGGUGGUGGGUGACACAAUUGGAGCCCAGAACUACGCAUCCAUCGCUAGGUCCCUGAACAUUAGUGCCCUGAUCCUGGGCCUCCUCUUCAACAUUGCAGUCAUCAUUGCGGUGGUAUAUGCCAGCAAAGCCUUGUACCAAAUUUACUAUCAAAUUAUGCAGUCUUCGAGGCUUCUAGAAGGACCUGUCUUCUGCUGCCUUGUCCACGAGGCAGCCCAGAGCGACCUGGAAGCCACAUGUCCGCAGAGCCUGGAAUGA